CAUGUUCCUUCUGUGUGUCAGUUGCUACAUUGAUCAUGGCUUUAUAUACCUCAGAUACCUGACGUAUAUAAAAAUUGUUCCUCGUAAAGACCAAGAAAAACGCUCUUUUCCGAGGCUGAGAGACCUAUCAUUGACUGGUUUGUCCAUUAAGUCGCCGGGCCUAUUUCAGCAAAUAUGGUGCCCGCACCCCUAGGCAAGCUUAUGGUUCUCGCCAUUGGAACAGGCAUGUGGAUCUGGCUCAAGGCGUACGUCAGUCUACAAGUAUUAUUUUACGGCGACGGUAUACUUCAUCCACCGGUCAGGUUGGAGCCAGAAGACUUCAUGAAUGAUUCCUAUGGAAACCAUAAAUACUUAAACUUGACGAACGUCACUCUUCAUUAUGUGACGAAGGGAUGUAAGGAGUAUGAUAACAACCAAACUAUGUUACUUUUCCUGCAUGGAUUUCUCGACUUCUGGUACUCCUGGAACAGGCAAAUACCUAGUCUUGGUGAUGAAUUUUGCAUUGUGGCACCAGAUUUGCGUGGCUAUGGCAACUCUACAAGACCUGAGGACACAUCCCAGUAUCUGAUGCUGAAUCUCGUCGAGGAUGUAAGAGGGCUGCUUGAAAAGCUAAACAAUGACCACAAGAGGAAAGUCGUUCUGGUUGGACACGACUGGGGAGGCAUGAUCAGCUUCUGCUUUGCGACGUUAUACGAAACCUUGAUCGACGGAAUGGUGAUCAUCAACGGCAUGCACCCAAAGGCCUUUGCAAAACAGCUCUUUCAAAGCGUGAAGCAGAUGAGAAUGUCCUGGUACCAACUUCCAUUUCGACAUCCCGUUGUUCCCGAGCAAUAUCUGAUAAUGCGGGAUUUCGACUUCUUUGACCAAGCGCACAAAGGUUUCACCGAAGACGAGACAUACGCCCACAAGUACUUGUUUUCACGGGAUGGUGCCCUGACCGGUGCCAUAAGCUACUACCGUGCCUUCAACAACGAUAGCGAUCAACUAGGGAAGCUGCCGUACAAGGAGAUCAACGUUUCCACUGUGAUUCUGUGGGCAGAAGAAGAUGCAUUCAUUAUGACACCGAUAGCCAAGUAUAACCAAGAGUGGUUGAAAACGUCAAAAGUAGUGUACUACAAAGGUGCAGGCCACUGGCUACCCAGAGAAUGCUCCACGCAGGUAACUGAGCAAAUUCGUAAAUUUGCAAUGAAUAUCACGAAUAACACAACAGCGACAGAAGAAGGCAAACUGGAGAGCAAGCCGGGAACGUGUCAAGAAGCCAGCUCUCCAAGUCAGCAUGCAUGGUUGUCCGAAUGGUUUCCAUGGCUUCCCCGUGAUGUCAAGCUUCCGAGAGAAAUGAGAGAAUAAAAAGGACGGGCUUUUAGACGACAUCACGAAUGGCCCCCGAAUUAGAGAA